AUGAUUGCUGCUCCUACCGCGUCCUUGAACGUCAACACCGGCGUCAACACUUCCAACAGCAACAGCGACGAUGUCCGCCAGCUCAUCGAGCGCUACCAGGCUGCCGGCCAGGGUCACCUCUUCAACUUUUACGACGACCUCAACGACGACGAAAAGGCCAAGCUCGUCUCCCAGCUCGAGGCCUUGAACGUCGAACGCGUCAACAGGAUUCACCAAAAGGCCACCACCUGCCCCUCGCCCAUGCUCAACAACCAGUCCGCGACCUUGGCUCCCUUGCCCGAAGAGUGCUUUGACUCUGUCCUCGAGGCCUCCAAAGACAAGACCCAGGAGUGGCGGACCGUUGGUUUGAACCAGAUCAGCCAGAACAAGGUUGCCGUCAUCCUUCUCGCCGGUGGCCAGGGCACCCGUCUGGGCUCGUCUGCCCCCAAGGGUUGCUACGACAUCAACCUGCCCUCCAACAAGUCCCUCUUCCAGAUCCAGGCCGAGCGCAUCUUCAAGCUCCAGCAGCUCGCCCAGCAGCAGCCCGGUGCUGUGGCCAAUGUCAUCAUCCCCUGGUACGUCAUGACCUCUGGCCCCACCCGCCCCGCCACCGUCGCCUUUUUCCAGGAGAACAACUACUUUGGCCUUUCCUCCGAUAACAUUGUCUUCUUCGAGCAAGGAACCCUCCCUUGCUUGACGUUCGAUGGCAAGAUCAUGAUGGAGUCCAAGUCGCAGGUCGCUGUAGCACCCGAUGGCAACGGAGGUGUCUAUGCCGCCCUCCGCGGAACAGGAGUCCUCGCCAACAUGGCCGAGCGCAAGAUCGAGUACCUCCACGCCUACUGCGUUGACAACUGCCUCGUCCGCGUUGCUGACCCCGUCUUUAUUGGAUACUGUGUCUCCAAGAACGCCGACUGCGGUGCCAAGGUCGUCCGCAAGAACACCCCCGAUGAGCCCGUCGGUGUUGUCUGCCUCCGCAACGCUGCCUUCAACGUUGUCGAGUACUCUGAGAUUGACGAAGAUGUUGCCCAUGCCACCAACCCCAAGAACGGCCAGCUUCUUUACAGUGCCGCCAACAUUGUCAACCAUUUUUACACGACCGACUUUUUGAACAAGGUUGAGUCGUUCGAGGGUGAUCUCGAGUACCACAUUGCCCGCAAGAAGAUCAAGACCGUCGACAUGCAGACCGGAGACGUCAUUGCGCCCAAGCAGGUCAACGGCAUGAAGCUCGAGAUGUUUGUCUUUGACGUCUUCCCCUUCACCGAGCGCAUGGCCGUUUUUGAGGUUGACCGUCGCGAGGAGUUCUCUCCCUUGAAGAAUGCCCCCGGCACCGGCGUCGACUGCCCCGAGACCUCCCGUCGCGACAUCUUGCAGCAAAACGUUCGCUUCUUCGAAGCUGCUGGUGGCAAGGUCGUUGUGGGCGAGGACGACAUUCAGGCCGAGGGUACCCCUACUCUGGAGUUGUCUCCCCUGGUGACUUACUCUGGCGAGGGUCUUGCCGAGAUUGUUGCUGGAAAGUCGAUCAAGACUCCCGUCCGCGUCCACUCUCUCGAGGAGCUCAAGCGCGCUGUCUUCUAA